AUGUCAUCCGAUGAAUCAGAUGAUGAAUCCCUAGCAAUUAUAGCAGCCUCAAAGAGAAUUAAGGUGGAAGAAGACGAAUUAAGUAAAGGAAAUGAAGAACCUUCCACAAAAAAGGUCAAAGCCACGAAAAAAACUGAUCGUAAACUUACCGUUGCCGCUCCAAAUGUUAUAGAAAGACCUGAGGAUGUGUGGUUGUACCUCAAAGACUUGAAACCAUCGGGCCCUUACAGCUGCUUACUGUGUGAUGAUUGGUUUAUUAAUCGAUCUAAAAUGAUAUUGCAUUACGCGGUGAAUCACAAGAAAGAUUUUUGUGGUAUAUGCAGAUACUUCGUACCAAAUAGACAGGCCUGGUAUGCACAUGAGAAAUAUCAUUCUCCAUGGCCAUGUUCUCAAUGUGUGGAAACUUUUGCCUCAGAAUUAAUGUUGAGAGAUCAUCUUAAUAAUGCACAUAAUCUGGUCCACUGUAGACUGUGCCACUUCAGAGUGUCUGCUGAUUUCAAUUACAACUCACAUUUAUUUGAAAAGCACAAUGUAACUAAUGUAUCUUCCAAAAAUCAGGAUGUUCUUUGGAAAGUAGAAGGUGAUACAUUUGAAUGUUUACUCUGUUCUAAAUCAGAAAAUACACUAUCGACUUUCUUCGGUCACUAUAUGGGUAUUCAUCAUUUGACUUUAAAGUGUCUCACAACGGUCAUAGCCGGCAGAGACACACCAUUCACAGUGAAAGGCGCUGAUGUUAGUGAGAAAUUUAUUAACGAGCAUCUCAAAAGCCAUGUUCGGUUGGGUUAUGUUGAUUGGGAAACUAAAGAUGAUAAAACAAGGAAUGAAUUCGAAAAAGAAAAGGAAUUGGAAAUUAGUUUCAACAAAAUAGAACAAAGUUCUUCUGUGAUAGAAAUAAAAGAAGAAAUUAUUAGCGAUGCAGAAGAAUUAGUUGAGAAAGAAAAUGAGAUUAAUCAGGAAGAUGAGCCCGAUAGCAGUUGUUAUAAAUGGGCCGAGGAUUUUGAUAUUACAUACAUGGAAAUUAUCAUAGUACAUAAAUCAUAUUACGACUAUAUCGACACUUCCCUCAGGGAUAUAAAUUCAAAUGUAAUGCCACAGAAAUCGUAUCUCAAUUAUGACAAAAUGAAAGCAGAGAUAUAUAUGGACGUUGAAUGCGAAUUUUGUAAAACAAACUUUGACACAGCUCAGUCUUUUGUUGAACACAUGAAUAAAAUUCAUAGUGUUAAAUUCGUGCCAUUAUAUUCUUGUAGAGUAUGUUGUGCGACAUUUGAUAAUUAUCUAGAUUUAUGUACCCAUGUUACCGAGGAGCUAGCGGAUUUUGAGGAUCUCUGGAUUUGUCAGUUUUGUGACAAGGAGUUUGAUAAUCGUGAAGAAACAAGACAUCAUCUAACCGAGCAUUGGACUGCCUUGGACUAUGAUAACUGUUUCAGUCCACAUUUAGGUUUUAAAUGCAAAUACUGUCCGACAUUAUUCUGGAAUGAACCAGACAGAGAGACACAUCAAAUUAGAGUGCAUUAUGAUAAAUAUAAACAUCAGUUCUACAAGUGUGAGACAUGUGAUAUGGAAUUUGGUGAUAAGGUUUGGUAUGUAUACCACCACAUAGAAAACCAUCAAGACUCAAAUACAGUAACUAACUAUAUCCUAAAGUGUAACAUCUGUUGUUCGGUGAUGGCAACCAUUGAAGAAAUGAGGAAUCACUUUGCAAGAAAUCAUCUUGAGUUCAAGAAAGUCUACUGUAAUAUAGAGCCCUGCUGUUUUAAACCGUUGAAUCACCAGAGGUCACUGAAAAUACAUAUUAAGAUGGCGCACAGUAUAACCGAUUUACCUAAAACUCAGACAGUGGCAAAAGCUAAGAAGAAGGUGUCAUGUAAUAUGUGCAAUCGUAACUUCAACAAUGCACGCGCGUGCAGCACACACAUGGCCCAGGUGCAUGGACCUGGGAAGUUCAAAUGCAAACUGUGCCGCGAGGUGCUGCAAACUGCUGAUGAAAGGAAGCUCCACUACCUCUUAUGCCACCCUGGCCGGCAUCCAUUCGAGUGUACCGAGUGCGGGAAAUCAUUUCAGUACAAAUCAUCAUUGUACAUGCACAAACAGGAACAUAUGCCGAAUAAACAGAACUACACUUGCAGUUACUGCAAUAAGGUUUUCGCGAAGAAGGAUUCGUAUCGUGAACACGUCCAGAUACACGAAGGUCCCCGCCACGCGUGCUCAUACUGUCCGAUGAGAUUCGUCCAACGAUCAAACAUGUUGAGACACGAAAGACGUCACACGGGCGAGAGACCUUACAGAUGUCCGCAUUGCCCUAGAACCUUCGCUGAUAAAGGCGCCUGCACUUCACAUUCUAGGACACAUUCGAAAGAAUCUUCCUAUGCGUGUGUGUACUGCGGUCAGACGUUCGUACAGAAAUCGAAACUAACAUACCAUAUCAGGAAACACACGGGAGAAAAUUUGGAGUCGUGUUCCGUUUGUUCGAAGCUAUUCACCAGCGCGUGUUCGUUGAGGGAACAUAUGAAAAUACAUGUGGAAAAGAAGAAAGUCGUCAAAUGUCCUUUAUGCGAUAAGGGCUAUCAAGACGAGCGGUAUAUGCUUCGUCACCUCCGCACGCUACAUUCCCGUUCACAGUUCUCAUGCCCAUUGUGCCACAAGCUGCUCUCAAGCGCUGCAGGGCUUCGGCAUCACGUCAUAACGCACAGCUGCAUCAACACUUUCCAGGUGUUAAAAAAACUACUGUUGCCAACCCUAUUAAUACUAUGCCAGAUCCUAAAAACUGCUGUCGCCAACCCUAUUAAUGCUAUUCCAGGUCCUAAAAAAACUACUGUCGAAAACCCUAUUAUUGCUAUUCGAGGUCCUAAAAAAACUGCUAUUGCCAACCCUAUUAAUGCUAUGCCAGUUCUUAAAAAAACUACUGUCGCCAACCCUAUUAAUGCUAUUCCAAGUCUUAAAAAAACUACCGUUGCCAACCCUAUUAAUGCUAUUCCAGUGAAAAGGACCAUGUUGAAGCAUUUAAGGAAACGGCACGGUUUGACAGGCAAGGAGUUAAACAUAAAGGAUUAUUACACGAGGUUAGAACCACGCGAGUGUCAAUUGGAUUUAGAUGAGACGACAAUGACCAGUAUAUUCGGACCUCCCAAGAAGAAAUCUACGGAUAUAUUGUUCGGUGAUUUCGUAACUCUGGCUAAGAAAAUCAAUGGACCAGAAGAAAAUAAACCCGAUUUAGAUAGCAGUAGCGAUGAACCGGUUACAAUGAUUAAGCAAGAGGUCGAAAAUCAAACAGAAAUAGAAAUAGAACCGACGGAUUUCGUUACUGAUCUUCGAAUAUUUUGGCAUAGAGUGCAAUAUUUAAACGCUACUCAGCUGUUAGACGUCAUUUUGAUUUACGUCAAAAACAUGAGUUCCAUCAUUCCAUAA